CCAUGGUAGUUGGGGAUCCUGAAGAGCAGCCAGAAGCGACUCUGUAAGAGGGUAGUUGGGGGUUCGUCCAUAAAUUCUCAAGAGAAGAGAGGGAAUCUGGUGUUUGAUUCGAGAGGCAUAAUAUUUGACAAACACACAGAGAUGAAGAUACUGUGCCUCCAUGGCUUCCGAACCAGUGGGAGUUUCCUCCAUAAGCAAAUCAGCAAAUGGGAUCCUUCCAUUUUCGCUCAAUUUCAAAUGGAGUUCCCAGAUGGCAUGUUUCCAGCAGGAGGCAAAUCAGACAUAGAGGGCAUUUUUCCACCACCUUACUUUGAGUGGUUCCAAUUCGACAAGGAGUUUACAGAAUACACAAACUUGGAAGAAUGCAUAGCUUACUUGUGUGAAUACAUCACCACCAAAGGCCCUUUUGAUGGUUUGCUUGGAUUCUCUCAGGGAGCAACACUAUCAGCUCUUUUACUGGGCUACCAGGGACAGGGGAAGGUGUUGAAGGAGCACCCACCCAUGAAGUUGUUUGUAUCAAUUUCAGGGUCCAAGUUCAGAGAUCCCAGCAUAUGUGAUGUUGCCUAUAAGGACCCCAUCAAAGUCAGAUCAGUCCACUUCAUUGGAGCCAAGGACUGGUUGAGAUUGCCUUCUGAGGACCUCGCCACUGCCUUUGACAACCCUCUUAUCAUAAGGCACCCUCAAGGCCACACCGUCCCUAGAUUAGAUGAGGCAGCAACUGAGCAAUUAAGAAGCUGGACCACGGAAAUCCUCCUCCAUCAAAGCAAUAACGCUUCAGUUAACAAACAUAAUUUGGAGAAUGGAGAAGUGAAAGCAGAUGAGGCACAGAUGGAGAAUGGAGAAGUGAAAGCAGAGGAGCACAAGGGUAAGGUAGAAGAAGCAUGUAAGACCCAAAAACCAGAGGGUGUAAUUGAGAAAAAGAUGGAGAAUGGAGCUGGGGGGUUAGAGGCAACACAAGCCUGAAGCAAUCAGGUGGGGAUAUAGAUAAAGGUAGCCCUCCACUCCGGACCAUGCUUUUAAAGAAAUUUUGGAGUGUGAGUGAGUGAAAUAAUGUUUGCCUAUUCUUAUCAUAGUUUUCCUAUGGGUGCUGAAGGAAAAUUAGUGCUCCCCCUGGAUUAACUUUGGUUUUUCUUCUUUUGAUUUGUAAUAUGUUUCACCUCUAUUUAUGGGACUCAUCAUCGUUUUGCCCCUACCA